UUCGUCGUCGUAUAUAGUCAGUCAGUCAGUCGGUCACCCGCAACAGACAGACAGACCAUCAUCGUAUGCAACGCCAACGUUGGCAGGAAGGAAAGAAAAGGAACGGAACGGAACUCCAUAAGCUCGGUUGCCCACGCUUAUUAUUAUUUAUUAUUAUUCUUAUUCUUCAUCGUUUAGUCCUCUGUGUCUGUCUGUCUUAUUGGAAGAGCACAUCGUUGCAUCUCUUCUGCUUCCUAUCGUUUCUUUUCCCCCCCGUACAGCAUGCACUUCUCAGGACAACAAAACUCCUGAGAUACCUACGCUACAGGUCGUCACGGAAAGAGACCAAGCAAGGCGAGGUCGUGCGGGAGGUGGAUGGAAUACGAAAGCGAAAGCAAACCCUGACGAGAGAGAGAGGGAGAGAGAGAGAGCAGUGGAGGGAGGUGUGGGAUCGUGGACAUGCAUGGUAGAUAGGUGACGGUGUAAGCGAUUUGGGUAGCAACUUGGCCGGUAUGAAGGCGAAGAAGAAGCGGGGCGUUGAGGCGCCUCCGAAAGUGAAAGGCUUCAUCAACAGCGUAGUGAAUACCCCACUGGAAAACAUUGAUGUGCCUCUCGGGAGGUUCAGUUGGGAAUAUGAGAAGGGAGAGUUUCACCAUUGGGUGGACCUGUUCAACCACUUCGAGGUCUUCUUUGAUCAGCAUGUGAAGUCGAGGAAGGACUUACAAUUGGAGGGUGAAUUUUUGGAUGGAGAUGCUCCAUUUCCCAAAGAAGCUGUACUGCAAAUUCUCAGGGUUACGCGCAUUAUAUUAGAAAAUUGCGUGAACAAGUACCUAUACAAUAGUAAUGAGCACGUGUCGUUGCUGUUUGCUUCCACGGACCCGGAGAUAGUUAUUGCAGCGUUGCAAACUUUAGCAGCGUUUGUGAAAAAACCCGUUCAGUCAAGUCGAGCUAUGCGGUGGCAUGGAGAUACAACCCUCAAUGCACGUCUGUUCUCUUUGUCACAGGGUUGGGGUGGUAAAGAAGAAGGACUAGGUUUAUUGGCUUGUGCUGUAGACAAUGGCUGUGACGCUAAUGCUUGUAAACUAGGAGCUGCUGUCCACUUCGAGUUUUAUGCGGAGUCUGAUUCGACUUCCUCUCUUGAUGAGAUCAGCGCUUCUGGGCUUAGAGUGAUUCACAUUCCGGACGUUCAUCUUCGACCUGAGGGAGAUCUUCAGUUGCUUAAACUGUUAGUUGACCAAUAUCAAGUGCCUUAUCACCUUAGAUUUUCUCUUCUUACUCGUAUUCGUUUUGCUAGGGCGUUUGCGAAUCUUAACUCUAGGAGGCAGUAUAUAUGCAUAAGGUUGAUUGCAUUUACAGUUCUUUUCCAGUCAAAUCCUGAUCACGAGGAUCUUACAGCUUUCUUCAUAAAUGAGCCAGAAUUUGUAGACGAACUGGUAACCGUAUUAAGAUACGAGGAUACAAUUCCGGAGGAAAUCCGGCUUUUGGCAGUAUUAGCGUUGGCGGCCCAGUCACAGGAUAGGCCCCGACAAUCAAAUGUGUUGAGCGUCAUUAGUGUUGGUGGACACCGUGGCAUUCUACCAAGUCUCAUGCAGAAAGCCAUCGGGUCUCUUAGGGAGGGAUCUUCUGGAUGCUCGGUUUCAUUUGUAGAAGCACUCCUUUCUUUGGUCACUGUUCUUGUUUCGUCCUCAACCGGAUGCGCUGCCUUAAGGGAGGCUGGAUUGAUUCCGACACUGCUUCCUCUUCUGAAGGAUAUGGAUCCGCAGCACACACAUUUGGUCAGUGCCGCUGUACAUAUAUUGGAGGCUUUUAUGGACUACAGCAACCCAGCUGGCACUCUGUUCCGAGACCUAGGUGGGCUAGGUGAUACUAUUGCGAGACUGAAAGUAGAAGUAUCUCGUGUCGAAGAGGGGGCCAAUGUCGAAAGAGAAGAAUCAAAGGCGGGCAAGGUUGAGGCUGCAACCUGUUGUAACCCUUCGCUUUAUCAACUGGGCUAUGAAGAGGCAGAUUCGCAAUCUUCGCAUGUGACUGGGCAGACGGAUACUCUUAUACCUUAUCAGCAAAGACUACUGCUGAAGGCUUUAUUGCGUGCUAUUGCCCUUGGCACAUACGCUCCAGGAAACUCUGCGAGGCACCACAUCUCAGAAGAGAGCGCUUUGCCCUAUUGCCUUAAAACUAUCUUCAGGUAUUCUAAGGAGUUUGGAGGAGCUGUUUUUUCUUUGGCAGCAUCUGUCAUGAGUGAUCUUGUGCACAAAGAUCCAACCUGCUUUGCCACACUAGAUAGUGCUGGGCUUCCCGCAGCCUUCCUGGAUGCCAUUACGUCUGGUGUGCUGCCAUCUUCAGAAGCAGUCGGAUGUAUACCAAACACCUUGGAUGCCCUGUGCUUGAACCCUUCUGGUCUUCAGGCAGUCCGGGAUCGGAAUGCUCUUGGCUGUUUUGUCAAGAUUUUCACUUCGAAAAUGUACUUACGAGCUCUUGCAAAUGACACUCCUGCGUCCCUCGCUUCAGGCCUGGACGAGUUGCUGCGACAUGCACCUGAAUUGAGAGGCUUCGGAAUAGAUAUGUUCAUCAUGAUUUUAAAGACCAUUGCAGCUAUUGGUGGUGCACCAGUUGAGCCGGCAGUGCCUGUGACUGCCACCGAUUCCAGCAAUGUAAAUGCACCUGUGCCGAUGGAUACAGAUUUUGAGGAAAGACCCAGUACAGCAGCUGAUUAUCCACCUAGAGCAUCAUCGUCUCAGCAGCCACAAGAUUCCGGAGCUGACAACAAUCUGGAAGCUUUCUUGCCCGAAUGUAUAAAUAACGCAGUACGACUGCUGGAAACAGUACUUCAGAAUGCGGAUACCAGUCGGAUCUUUAUAGAGAAAAAAGGAAUUGAGGCUCUACUACAGCUUUACACUCUCCCACAUUUACCAGUUUCUUUUGGAGGCUCCUCAAUUGCACAUAAUAUGUCUGUUACUUUUCGUGCAUUUUCUCCACAACAUUCAGGUCAACUUACCCAGGCAGUUUGUGGUGUCCUCAAAAAUCAAUUACAGGCAACUCUGGAUCAGCUAAAUGUUCUAAGGGGAACAAAAGUUUCUGAUCUGGACAGUGGAGUAAGAACCAAGGUUGUUCGUACUUUCUCUGCUGCAGAAUGCUAUUUGUCUCUGUCUUCAGUAUUGGUGCGAAGCUCGAACUCCAUGAUGAGUAAGUUGAGCGCAGGAGCUGCGGAAAUUCUCAACAACGUUGGCACGGUUCAUAGGGAGGUUCUCUGGCAGCUAGCGAUGAUCGUUGAUGCAAAGGUAGAGCCGAAGAGAGAAACCGAAGCCAGUCCUGCCAGCGUAGGAGUUGGAACAUCAGCGAGAGAAGGUGAGGAGGCUGCUGAGGCUUAUCCCGUGGUUAGAUAUGUGAAUCCUGUUCAAAUUCGCAAUGGACCGUCUUCUCCUUGGGGAAUUGAACCUGAAUUCUUAUCUGCGCUGCAUGGUAACGAUGGUCCCCACCGAAGGUCACGCAGGGAUCAUCCUGCCAAUGCUGAAGCUUUGACUCAGAUUGCUCGUUUAGGUCGAUUGGCUCGCCAAGCGGAUUCUACCCGUGUUGAUACAGAGAGCGUUACAAGUCUUUCGGAGACCUCUCCUGCCACAGAGGUAGCUAAACGGAAAUCUCCAGAGUCAAUGAAUUAUGACAUGAUGACUAGGUUGACGGCGGCUGCACGGGGUUUGUACGUGGCGUUGGGGAAAACUAUGUUAAUGCCAUCGCGUAGAAGGGAGGAUACCGUGCCAUUGAAUAGUGAUGCUAAAAUGGUUGCUGGGACACUCGCGAAGCUAAUUCGUGACAAUCUUAGUUUCAGCGGGCACGGGGAGGGUUCAGUUGGAGAGUCCACUGUCUCAGUUAAGUGCCGAUACUUGGGAAAGGUAGUAGAAGAUUUUUUGGCGGUAGUUUUCGACAGUAGACGAAAAACUUGCAACACCGUCUUAUUGAAUAAUCUCUAUGGACAUGGAGCCAUCAAGGAGUUACUAAAAACUUUUGCUGCAACAAGCGAACUUUUAUGGACUUUGCCUCGAAAUUCUGGUGUUUCUCCAAUGGAAACUGAGAACGGAAAGUCUAAGUCCGAAGAAAAAGCUGUGGGCAAUUCAUGGCUCUUGGAUACUUUGCGCAGCUAUACUCGUUUAAUGGAGUACCUCGUCACCUCGUCGCUGCUGUUGACCCCUACCUCAAUGGCACAGAUAUUGAUACAGCCUGUAGCUGGUGGAUCAGAACCAUUAGCCAAGGAUCCGGAGGCUUUUGUCCGGAUCUUGCAUGCUGAGAUUCUGGACGUUGUACUACCUUUGUGGAUUAAUCCUCUAUUUCCACAAUGUAGUCCAACCUUCAUUUCAUCAAUAGCCUCCAUCAUUACGCACAUUUAUACAGGUGUCGGGGAUACGAAAACAAGUCGUUCUGGAGGAGGUGCUGUUGCGGGGGCGCGUCUGGUCGGGCCUCCUCCUGAUGAAUCCACCAUUUCAUCGAUUGUGGAAAUGGGUUUCCCCCGCUCCAGGGCGGAAGAAGCGCUUCGUCGUGUUGGGGAGAACAGUACAGAGAUGGCUGUUGAGUGGCUAUUCAGCCAUCCAGAGGAGGCAGUCCAGGAGGAUGAUGAGUUGGCACGAGCAUUAGCAUUGUCACUGGGUAGUGAUGGUCCACCGAAGGAAGAACCAGCACCAAUAAACCAGGAUAAAGGACUUGUUGCUGAAAAUGAAGUCAAACCUGUUCCCCCACUCGAAGAGAUGCUGUUAACAUGCAUGAAUCUUCUUCAAUUUACAGAUGCUGUUGCUUUUCCGAUUACAGAUUUGUUGGUCACUAUGUGUAACCGUGGCAAGGGACAGCACCGUCCUCAAGUCAUCUCUUAUUUGGUUAAACAGCUGAAAAGUUGCAAAGUUGAGGGGUCGGUGACUGAUACCUGUCCACUGUCAACUAUUUCACAUACUCUUGCUUUACUUUUGAGUGAAGAUAGCACAGCUAGAGAGAUUGCAGCACAGAAUGGUGUAGUCUCUAUUGCAUUAGAUAUCCUUGAACAAUUUCCACCAGUUAAGACUUCCCCGAAAGACGAGAUUCCUAAGUGGGUUACUGCUCUUUUGCUUGUUCUGGAUCACAUGCUGGUCUAUAAGCUCAAGGUGACUUAUGAUCAACCGAGUGGGUCAGUAACUACUGCUGCCGUCAGCAAUAGCAUGGCUAUUAGUUCAGAUACGCCUGCAGUAGCUGAUCAGUCGUCUGAGGCUGUGAACGGGCGGAAGGAUUCUAAUACUAGUCCAUUCAUCUCAGUGCUUGGGAAACCAUCUGGAUAUAUGACAGAAGUUGAGCAGAGAAGAGCAAUGUCUGUGGUUACGUGUUUUCUCCGUAUGCAAUUACCUUCCGCGACAGUUCAGGCAGUGCUGCAGCUAUGUGCUCGGCUGACUAAGUCAUACCCUAUUGCAUCUUCUUUCUUUCAUUCAGAUGGUUUAACUGCCCUUUUCAAUUAUCCAUGGAACUGCUGUUUCCCUGGAUUCGAUACAAUUGCAGCGGCUAUCAUCCGCCAUCUUCUCGAAGAUCCUCAAACACUUCAACAAACAAUGGAAGCAGAAAUUCGACAUACACUUUCUGCCACACUAUUGCGGCACAAUGGUCGGGUUUCCCCGCAUAUGUUUUUGACAGUAAUGGCUCCCGUCUUAUCCCGUGAUCCUACUAUUUUUAUGCAAGCCGCUUCCGUGGUUUGCCAAUUAGAAACAUUGGGUGGUCGUCCCACGAUUGUGCUGGCCAAAGAAAAGAAUAAGGAGAAGGAUAAGGAGAAGGAAAAGGAGCAAGGGCAAGACAAACUUCCAGAGAAGUCAAGGAGUACAGACUUAGAUACAAGCACAAAAGUGCACGAGUCUGGUAAGAGUGGUAGAGGGCAUCAUCACAAGAAGGUUGUACCCCAUAGUUUCUCGUUGGUCAUUGAACAGUUACUGGAUAUUAUCCUUCAUUAUCCUCCAGGCUCAGUCGACCAGCUGCAUGAAAAGGAAGAUGAACUGUCAUCAAAAGAUAAUAGCACUGCUAUGGAUGUAGACGACGCAGAAGUCAAGGACAAAGGCAAGGGGAAAGUUGAGGAUCUUCCAAGAUCCAAACCGGUAGCUAGUGCAGAUAUGGUAGAAAGUUUCGCUGCUAUAGCUAAAGUAACAUUCAUACUUAGACUCAUCACUGACAUAAUAUUUAUGUACUCUUCGGCUGUAAGUGUGGUCCUUCGGAGGGACCUCGAAAGCAGUCAAGGAAGAGGUCCAAUACAUGGUGGAUUAGACGUUGUUGGUCAUGGUGGUCUUCUCUACCACAUUCUUCAUAGGUUGCUCCCGUAUCCAAGUGAGAAGGUCAAUGAUAAGGUGAACGAAGAAGAAUGGAGAGAAAAGUUGUCAGAUAGAGCAGCCUAUUUUGUGGUGGCCAUUUGUGUAAGAUCAGGAGAAGGCAGGAAAAGGGUUGUGGUGGAGGUAGCACGUGCUCUCACAUCAGCCUCACCGACGUCUUCGGGGCCAUCUGAAGUUUCGAAAGCUCUGCAGUCUCCAAGUAGAAAAGUGCGGGCAUUUGUGGAUCUUGUGAAUUCUGUUCUUUCUUCUCAUUCUCCUACUGGAAGCGCUCAGACUCCUGGAUUUUCACAAGAUAUGGCCAAAUCUAUGAUGGAUGUCGGCAUGGUGCAGGCACUUACUCGUACUCUUCAGGUGAUUGAUCUUGAUCAUCCCGAUGCACCCAAGCUGGUGAACUCUAUAUUGAAAGCACUUGAGGCUCUCACAAGGGUAGCCAGCAUGGCUGACCGUGCUUAUGGGUCUGAUGGGGCUGGACCAAAAAAAUCAACUGAACAGCAGGGGAUCGAAAUUAUUCAUGCUGAAACUGAAACUAGAACAGAAGAUGGUAGUCAUCCCCAGGCAAGGGAUGAAACCAUGCGGGACUCAGUACCUCAAGAUGCAACAAUUCCAGAAAUAGGUCCUCCACCUGCUAAUAGUACAGAAAUUGUCCACGAGGAACAUAUGGAGCACAACGAUGGAUCUGAUCGAGAUGUUGCGGAGGAGGUGAAUGUUUGCAUUGAAGCAGAAGCCGAGGAAGAGUUCAUGCGUGAAGCGGCCGAGGAUGCUGCAGAGCUGGAGGGUGCUGCUGUUGUUAUGCAUUACAGUAUGGAACAUGGACCGGAUGAUGAGAUUGUGGAUGAAGAGAAUGACGAGGAGGAGGAUAUGGAUGGUGACGAGGGUGAUGAUGAUGGAGAGGAAGAGGAGGAGGAAGAGGACGAAGAUGAAGAUGACAUGAAUGCUGAUGAAGAUAUAUUCUUGGAUGCAGGAGUUCCGCAUCUUUCGCCACCAGACACCGACGUUGAGGACCACGAAGACAACGGUCUGGGUGAUGAUUAUGAGGAUAUAAUUCAAGAGGAUGAAGAUGAGGAUGAUGACUCUUACGGAGAUCGGGUUAUUGAGGUUCGGUGGCGUGAUGGCCUUACAGGUCUUAGCCAUGUUCAGGUCUUGGGCCAUACAGGUGCCAGCAAUUUAGUAGAUUUUCCAGGAGACCCUUUUCAGGGGAUGAACAUGGAUGAUGUUUUUGGAUCUUUCCGUAGACCUGGAGGCAGCGAUCGCCGACGGACAACUACCUCUCGAUCGUUCCCUGAGCGAUCAGGUGGUGAGCGUGGUGGUGCUCUCCACCAUCCCUUGCUUACAAGACCGUCUGCUACUACAGGUGGAAGUGUAACUACAGCAAACACUAACAACUCGCUAUGGCCUAGUACCAGCAGUAUCGUUCGGGAUGCGGAAGCCAUGCUUGGUGGUGGAGCCCUGGAUGUUACUCACUUCUACAUGUAUGAUGCGCCUAUGAUUACUGAGCGUACAUCAGAAGGAGUUCUUGUAGAGAGGGGAUUUGGGGGUGCACCACCUCUUCUAGAUUUCUCAACUGACUCUGUAUACCCGAUGGGUAGACGAGGUGGUCGGACUGAAAGCCGUUUGAGUAGCUGGACAGAUGAUGGUCAACCACAAGCUGGUGCGCAGGCUGCUGCUGUAGCACAUGCUAUUGAAGAACAGUUUAUUGAACAGCUCCGUCAACUUGUUCCUAGUGUUGAACAAGCGUCAGUUCAAUCUCCAGUUCAUUUGAAUACUACUGCGGCUGUAGAAUCUACAGAAGUAAGAGGUACAAGUGCUGGACGUAGCAUUGUUGGGGGAGAAUCGCAAGGGACUCAGAUUAUUAUGGGUGAGCAGUCGGGUGAAGCGAUAUCGGAGCCACCCAACGACGGUGGUGUUGUGAACUCAGGGCGUGAUGAGGCCCACAGGUUGGGUAGUGGAAGUGCAACUGCUAAUCAGAGAUCUACUGAUCUUGAUGUUCAGAUGCAAGAUGAAAGAAGUGAACCCGUGGUCCGGGACACUGAGGCCAAUAGCCAAGAUAGUGGAGGAAGUGGAGCAACUGUUGGGGAAAGUCUCCGUAGUUUGGAAGUUGAGAUAGGCAGCGCUGAUGGUCAUGAUGAAGGUGAUCGUCAUCCUGGGCCAGAGAGAUUAGUUGCUAGCGAGUUGCAGCCUGCUGGUGGAGUUGAGAGGGUUACUGCUAGUUCCAGAAGGUCUGGGCAAGGAGGAGAUAUUGAUGAAGCCAUGGAAGGUACAGGUACAGCUGGCUCCCAACAAGGGGGAGUAAUUGAUGAGGAAAGACGGAGUGAUCGCACUGGAGAGCAUUUGGUUGCACCGGCUGCUACAAGUGUUGGAGGGCAUAACUCACAUGGAAAUACUGAGGGACCUAAUCCAAGCUCGAGUUCUAUAGAUCCAACUUUUCUUGAGGCUUUGCCAGCUGACCUGCGUGCAGAAGUCCUAGCAUCGGAGCAAACGGGAGCUGUCAGACCACCAAAUUCUACUCCCACUGCGCCACCUGAGGAAAUUGAUCCUGAGUUUCUUGCUGCCUUGCCACCGGAUAUUCAGGCGGAGGUUUUAGCACAACAGCGUGCACAGCGGGCAGUGAUAGCGCAGACGAUUGAGGGACAACCAGUAGAUAUGGACAGUGCGUCCAUCAUUGCCACCUUUCCAGCUGAACUCCGUGAAGAGGUUCUGUUGACAUCUUCAGAGGCUGUCCUAGCUGCCUUACCCCCGGCGCUUUUAGCUGAAGCUCAACUUUUACGUGAGAGGGCCAUGAAUCAAUAUCAGGCAAGAGGUCUUUUUGGAGCUGCUACGCAUCGUAUAACCCAUAGGCGCAAUAACUUAGGUGUUGGAACAGGAGCAGGAACAGGAACAACUGCUGAGGAUGGAAGUUUGGGAGCAGGGGCUGGAGUUGUAGUGGGUCGGAGACCAGUAGCUCUCAGUAGCAACUCAAAAAUGAAGGAAGCUGAAGGCAAGCCUCUUGUGGACACAUCUGCACUGAAAGCGUUGCUGCGUCUUCUAAGACUGGCACAGCCUCUGGGGAAGGGCCUUCUACAGAGACUGCUUUUGAAUUUGUGUGCACACAGUGUGACGCGCCUGACACUGCUGCAACUUUUGCUGGGCAUGUUACGUCCAGAAGCAGAGGGAAAUGCCACAGGGGGUAUAUCUGCUGAUGGUGCUCAAUCUCAGCGUUUGUACGGCUGUCAAUGGAAUGUCGUGUAUGCGCGGUCUCAGAUGUCAGAUGGAAUACCACCUCUUGUGUCUCGACGGGUGCUUGAGAUCUUGACUUACUUAGCUCGAAAUCAUUCGGUCGUAGCUAACCUGCUCUUGUACAUGGAGCCACUAGGACAGCUCGGAGGAGCUUCCACAGAGGUUUCUUCUCAUAAAGGCAAAGAGAAAGGGAAAGCCAAGGUAGUUGAAGUUUCUGGAGAUGCAUCUGAAAAGCGUAAGAUGAAAGGAGAAAGUCCCCUUGUCCUACUUCUAAAGCUGUUGAAUCAGCCACUCUACUCUCGAAACAGUGCUCACUUGGAGCAGGUAAUGGGUUUGCUUGAGGUCGUAACAACCAAUGCCGGAUCCAAAGCAGAAGCGAAGUCCAAGGCGACGGUCAGCGAAGGUCGUUCUCUACCCGCAAAUACUGAUUCAGCUCCAGCUGAAAUGGCUCCUGCGGUAACCACACCUGCAUCAUUGGGUGGAGAGGCAGAGACUGUUACAACAAUGGUCGAUUCUCAACCUGAUUUAGGUGCUGAAGCUGCAAGAUCUGAUGCCUUGGGUCACGCUAAUCCUUCCACUGAGGAUCAUAUGGGGCCCUCAACCUUAGGUUCAAGUGUUAAAUUCGAUCCAUCUGCUAUUCUUGCGAACCUGCCUGAACCAGAGCUUCGGAAUUUGUGCAAACUUCUUGCUCAGGAAGGUCUUUCAGAUACAGCCUACACACGUGUUGCAGAGGUUUUGAAGAAACUUGCAACUGCCGCUCCAACCCAUCGGCGACUUUUUGUAGCUGAGCUAGCCGUGGCUGCAAGACUUCUUAGUGGUCCUGCUGUGGACGAACUCCAUCGAUUGGGCAAUGCAGAGACUGUUGCUGUUAGCACUACAUCUAUGGCCGGAGCAGCCAUUCUUAGGGUACUACAAGCUCUUAGUGCCCUUACAACUGGCAUUGGGAAUACAUCUGAUCAUGACAGUAGAGGAGAAGGAAAAGAGCAAGAAGAUGUGAUGUUGGUGAGGGACUUGUACGGAGGGUUGGAGAUGCUUUGGCAGGGUUUGAGUGUUUGCGUUGGAAAGAUAGAGGGGCGGCUGGGCAAUCCAACUUCCCUCGGCGGUGCCUCUACCAGUGUUAGUUCUGUACCAGCGGCUGUUAUCGGGGCAGGUCCUGGCAGCGUCGCUCCUCCUCUUCCACCUGGCACACAGAGGCUGCUACCCUUUGUGGAAGCAUUUUUUGUACUCUGUGAAAAAUUCAAGGCAGGUUCCUCUCAAUCUGGACAAAAUGAGCCUCACAGCGCAACUGCCAGUGAGAUAAAGGAAGCAGAAGCUUCACUUUCUACUGAUCUUAUCCUCUCUCCACCGUCUCCUCGGUCUCCUCGGCAACUUCAAAAGCCCUGGAAACCUGAGAACGAGAAGACAAUGACCUUUAUAAGAUUUGUUGAAAAGCACCGGCGCCUUUUGAACGCAUUUGUCCGUCAAAAUCCAGGACUGCUUGAAAAGUCCCUUUGCCUUUUGUUGAGAACCCCUCGCUUGAUCGACUUCGACAACAAGCGGGCAUAUUUUCGAUCUCGUAUCAGACAGCAACAUGAACAGCAGCAUUACUCUCCACUUCGAAUUUGCGUGAGGCGGGCAUACGUUCUUGAGGAUUCGUACAAUCAGCUGCGAAUGAGGACUCCGGAUGAGUUGAAAGGUCGUCUGACCGUUCAAUUUCAAGGAGAGGAGGGUAUUGAUGCUGGUGGUUUAACCCGUGAGUGGUAUCAGUUGCUGUCCCGCGUGACGUUUGACAAGGGGGCUCUUCUAUUUACAACUGUUGGGAAUGAAUCUACUUUCCAGCCCAAUCCAAAUUCUGUUUAUCAAACGGAACAUCUGUCAUACUUCAAGUUUGUUGGUCGUGUGGUUGCGAAGGCACUAAUUGAUGGGCAAUUGCUUGAUGUUUACUUCACGAGAUCGUUCUAUAAGCACAUUCUAGGAGUUAAGGUAACUUAUCAUGAUAUCGAGGCUAUUGAUCCAGGCUACUUCAAGAAUUUGAAGUGGAUCCUAGAGAAUGACAUAAGCGAUCUUCCAGACUUAACUUUUAGCAUGGAUGCUGAUGAAGAAAAGCACAUUUUGUACGAGAAGACUGAGGUAACGGAUUUUGAGCUUAUCCCUGGUGGUCGUGACAUACGGGUGACAGAAGAGAAUAAGCAUGAAUAUGUGGACAAAGUUGCAGAACAUCGCUUGACGACUGCUAUUCGACCACAAAUAAAUGCUUUCAUGGAGGGUUUCAAUGAACUCGUUUCACGGGACCUCAUCUCUAUAUUCAAUGACAAGGAACUAGAGCUUCUCAUCAGUGGCCUUCCAGAGAUUGAUUUGGAUGAUUUGAAGACCAACACCGAGUAUACAGGGUACACAGCAGCAUCACCUGUGGUGCAAUGGUUCUGGGAUGUUGUGCGAUCUUUUAGUAAGGAGGACAUGGCUCGCCUCUUGCAAUUUAUUACUGGGACUUCUAAGGUGCCACUUGAGGGUUUCCGAGCAUUGCAAGGUAUAUCAGGCCCACAGCGGUUUCAGAUUCACAAAGCCUAUGGAGCACCUGAACGGCUACCUUCUGCUCACACUUGCUUCAACCAACUGGAUUUACCUGACUAUGCAACGAAAGAGCAGCUUCAGGAUCGGUUAUUAUUGGCUAUACAUGAGGGCAGUGAAGGUUUUGGUUUUGGUUGAUAACCAUGUCAAGGUGGUGCUUGUACUAGUGUCAUAAUAUUAGUAGUCUAUUUGGGGUCUGAGUAAAUACUUGUGGCUGUGCCUGUACUGGCCCUUUCUCUUGUCUUCAGUGAUGAGAUAAAAUAUCUGGUCUCAUCAAUUGUCACCGUGUUCCAUUUCUUCCUUGAGUAGUUGUGAUUUUUUUAUGCACACUUCAGCCGCAUUGGAUACUCUGGACGAACGGAAAAGCAGGAUUGUGGCGUAUUCAGUAGGAUAGCAGACCCCUGCAGCCUGUCCAUUCCCCCCUCACCUCUUUUGUAUAUAAUGGUUUCUUAUUUAUGCCUUAUUUCCUAUAUGAAUGUUUGAACAUUCGAUUACUACUGCUUUGGUCUCCUGUUAUUUUGGCCACUGCACUUCAAGCAUUUAUAUAUUGUUUAGCACGAAUGUCAGAUUGUCAGGAAAUCUUCACCUGCACGACUUGAGUUGAGAUUUGUUAUCCACCAGGUUAAAGCUGGGUUCUGAAAGAGAUGGUGUUAGUUAUCUGAAGUUGUGUUUUGUGAUAGUAACCAACAACUUUCUUGAUGAAAGUAACAGAACCCUAUUUUUUUCUUGGGCCAAUCCGUCGAUUGAACUCAGAUUGGUCCUAUUGCCAUGUACUUGACCAUGAAUAUGAACCCAUGCAGAUGGGCUAACGUAACAGUGGCUUCAAUUCGUCA